AGAGAGAGGAGCAGCAGGACGGGCGGCUGAUGACUCAGACAGACAGUCAGGAUGCGUGAAUAUAAACUGGUAGUUUUAGGAUCAGGAGGAGUGGGGAAGUCAGCGCUGACUGUCCAGUUCGUUCAGGGAAUCUUUGUGGAGAAAUACGACCCAACGAUAGAGGAUUCCUACAGGAAGCAAGUGGAGGUUGAUGGACAACAAUGUAUGUUGGAGAUCCUGGACACAGCAGGGACAGAGCAGUUCACAGCGAUGAGGGACCUGUACAUGAAGAACGGUCAGGGCUUCGCUCUGGUUUACUCCAUCACGGCUCAGUCCACCUUCAACGACCUGCAGGACCUCCGAGAGCAGAUCCAGAGAGUGAAGGACACCGAGGACGUUCCCAUGAUCCUGGUGGGGAAUAAGUGUGACCUGGAGGUGGAGCGUGUGGUGGGUAAAGAGUCGGGCAUCGGCCUCGCUCGCCAGUGGAACUCCUGCGCCUUCCUGGAGACCUCGGCCAAGAGCAAGAUCAACGUCAACGAGAUCUUCUACGACCUCGUGCGACAGAUUAACAGGAAGAGUCCAGUUCAAGGGAAACCUCGCAAAAAGUCCACCUGUCAACUCCUCUAAUGACAGGUUUCUGUUCAUCUGACCGACAACCAACCAACCAACCAACCAACCAACCAACCAACCAACCAACCAACCAACCAACCAACCAACCAAUCACAGGACAUCUUCCAGCUGGCCACGCCCCUUUAACACGACCAUGUCAUCAUCAACAUCCGCCCCCUCUGACCUCUGUUCCCGUGACGACACAUCCCACCCCCUCACCACACAGUCUGACGGACUGUUGCCUUGGAAACAUUGAAACCAAACAUCGAAAGACUGCGGCGGCGACGAUGAUGAUGAUGAUGAUGAUGAUAAAAGAGAAACAGGGGCUGUCCGAGCAACUGCCCCAAUCUAAACUACGGUUCCCAUCAUGCUCUCUGCUGGGCCAUUCUGCGCUGGGGAGUGGCCUCUUGCUUUUACUUUUUAAAUGUUCCUUUCCUUUUCUUUUCCUUUAUCUUUUCUCUUCCUUUCCAGCAGUCCUGAGCCGUUCCUCGGCUCCGGUUGAACCUGUGGAUCCAUUCAGUGAUUAUUAUUACGGUGGUUAUUAUUAUGAUUCUGUGUGAAAAGAUAUAAAAGUCAUUUAAUGUUUUUGUUUUAUGGUUUUUGGGGGUUGGGGGUGGGGUGAGGAGGAGGAGGAGGGGGGGUUAGGGGGGGGCGCAGCAGGUCAUGUGGUCAGCUCGCCGCGCUCGUAGCUUCAAGCUAACUAAAGCUAGCAUACAGCUACGGAAAUCAAUUGGAGAAAAUGCUAAUUAUCUUAAUUUAUUUGGAAUAUUUUUAAAUAUGUUGGGGGACAAAGCUUCCAUAUCUUUGGGCUACCUCGUUAGCCUAGCAGCUAGAAUAAAGCAUUAAAAUAUUAUGGAUAAAUGCUGUUUGUUGGGUGUUAGCAUUAUUGGUAAAUCCCUAAAGAAAUUAUUUGUAGCUGUUAGCCAAGAGCUAGCUUCUAAUCCCAGUAGCAAAAAGAAGUAGUGCCAACACAAAUCAUGCUGUUUGUCGAAUGUUAGCAUUAUAGGUUUAUCCCUAAAUAAAUUGAUUAUAGCUGUUAGCCAAGAGCUAGUUCAUAAUUCCAUCAGCCAAUGAAACAGAUAGACAAUGGUAGAUUGGAAUGCUAACUAUGCUAACACACUUCAUGGAGUGUUAGCUUUGUUAGCUUUCUUGUAAAGAAAUUAAGGUGUACCUAUAGUUUUGGGCAGCCUUGUUAGCCGAGCAGCUAGUAAACAAACAUUAGAACUUUGUGAGGUUUGUGCGGUGUUAGCAUUAUUAGCAUAUCCUCAACGAAAUUGGUGGUAGCCAAGAGCUAGCCUGUAUUUUCAGUAGCAAAUGAAAUGUACUGGCUUUUUUAUAGGAAGGUAAAGUAGCUAUGCUAACACCAUGUUAACAGAAAUGAUGCUGUUUGUGGGGGGUGUUAGAAUUAUUAAUAAAUCCUUAAAGAAAUUGUUGGAAGCUGUAGAAGCCACUGAAAUGAAUUGGCAUCGUUAGGAGGUAAUGCUAACUAUGCUAACACACUGUUUGUGGAGCAUUAGCAUUGUUGGCUUUACUUAAAACUUUUACUUUAAAAUGUGUGUUUUGAGCUAGCUCCAGUUAGCAGACAGCUCUGGGACAGAAUUGGUAAUAUUUGGAGAAAUAUUUAGCACAUUUUUAAAAGACAUUAAUGGGGACAAAGCCAUAUCUUUGGGCUACCUUGUUAGCCUAGCAGGUAGUGUUUGUUGUGAGUUAGCUGCUUGCUUGAAUACUAAUUAGAGAAAGCUAACAAUGCUAAACUCGCUGUUUGUUGAGUUUAAAACAUCAAAAAUAAUCCGUAAUAAGUUUGGGACGCUAUAAAUUCCAAACAGUGUAUCUGUAAAUGAGACUUAAGUAAUGGGUGUUUUUUUCUGCUAGCGGCUAGCUUGUUGCUACAAUAUCAAGUUAAUUAGCGUAGCUGUGUGCUAAAUGGUUAGCGUAGCAGCGCGGUGAGCCGACUGUAGAUCUGCUGCUCAGGGCGGACAUGUUGCCUUUAGACAGCAGACUCACACUGGUCCAGUACCUUCUACGUGUGUAUGUGUGUGUGUACGUGAGUGUGUGUUUUUGUGAGUGUGUGUGAGUUGCGUAACGAGAAUGAACCACGCCAGUUUCUGUGAUUACCUUUGAGGCCCAGACGGGGUGGAGGAGGAGGGGAUGAGUUCUAUUAGCGAGCAGGGCAGCCGGCAGGUGUUGUUUCUGUAUUAUUAACCAUAUUAUUACCUGAUUAUUAAUGUUAUUAACACAUCUGAGAGGGAAGCACUGAAUUAAAUGUCUGACGUCCUUUAACUGAUGGGCAAAUGUUAAAAUAUCCAGCGAUGGAGGGCCGAAAAAAAAAGUUCUUGUCCUUGCAUGCUCAGAUCAUCUAGUGUCGUAUUUCAUGCUAACGCUUUAGCUCAAAGCUAACACGCUAAAGUGUUAGCAUCAGGUCUCACACGUGGAUGGUUUCAUCUGUUAAAGAGGAAAGUUGAACUCAGUGUUUCUUUUUAAUAACAAUAGCACGGCUGAGGUUGAGACCGACCGAUCGGGGGGAGGUUGGGCUUGAAGCUGAAGCCCCGCCCCCUUCAUAUACAUGGAUAUAUUUGGGGGCGUGGCCUGUGAAGCAGCAGCUCCAGAAAGCCUUUGAGUAUCUGUCUGUUUGAGCUGUGAGCGUGGUCACCUUACAGAUCCAGUGUGUUGGACCAGUGACCUCUGUGAGUGCUGCUGUGUUGUGCUAGCAGGAGCGCUGCAGUGCUCCUCAGUAUUCUGGCUCUCCUGCAGUACAUCCAGUCAUGUAGCAUGUUGAUGUUUCUGUCAGUACUCAGUCUGACCUCCAGGAGGUGCUGCGACAGUUUGCAUGCCGAGCAGAGGCUUCCAUUGGAACGGUCCGUCGGCAGCCGUGGCGCUUCGUAAGGAGUCUGAAGGAAAUCUGACCAUCAGGUUCCCAUUGAAACAUUUCAAUAAGUUCCCUCCCGGCUGCUCACGGACCUUUCUGGCUUCCACAGUAACAGAAGCUGUGCUGCAUUCGUCACUUCAUGCAACUUCUUUGGGCUGUAAUAUCUGACAGCUAGGGCCAAGCCAGUGUAGCUUUCUUACAGACGUUUUGCAGAUGUGAAGGCCUCGAUAUGCUUCAAAAGAUUAUACGAUGUCAAAAAACGGUUCAGUGGGAGAGCUUCCUGGACUCAAACAGAGAUAGUUUGAGGUGCUUUUUGGGUAAAAAAAUACACAUUUCACAAUAAAACUCCAAGACUUUCUCUUGGCGGAGUCAUGUUUGACCAGAAAAACCAAACUCUGUCGCGUUUCGGCAUCAAGACUUCCGGGGAGUCAGAAGGCUGAUGAAAGCUUAAAGGUGAAAAAUACAUUUUGGUUUUAGGUCUAACAGGACUUUUUGAUUACAAUUAACAUAUUUAGUUGCUUUAAAAGAGGUUGCCUUGGAGUUUUCUUGGGAUUUUUAUAGGUUUUAUGAUUUUUUUGUCUACUGAUGUUUUGCAGAUCUGAAGGCCUCGUUAUGCUUCAAAAGAUUAUACGAUGUCAAAAAAAGGUUGAGUAGGAGAUUCCUGGACUCAAACGGAAAUAGUUUGAGGUGCUUUUUGGUUAAAGAUACAUGUAGACACAAUUUCACAAGAAAACUCCCAAGACUUUCUUUUGUCGGAGUCACCAACGGCACCAGAGCCAGAAGGCUGAUGAAGGCUUGAUGGCGUAAAAUUAAGUUUGUUUUUACGUCCAAUAGGACUUGUUGAUUAAAAUUAACAUAUUUUAAUUGUUUUAAAAGAGAGUGCCUUGGAGUUUUCUUGGGAUUUUUGUAGUUUUUACGGGUUUUUUUUCGGUCCGACCAUUUCAGAAUUCCACAGCAAGCUUUGAGCCAGUCUGUCCGCUAAGAUGUUUUUGUGGCGUUGAGCUUGUGAGACAAAAAGUUUACGAUCAUUUCAUAAUGUGAGUGCAAUUAUUGGACUAUUAUUAUUGGUCUUUUUUUGGUGAAGGCACAAAAAUAUCAACGAUUCUGCGGUUUGAAAGGUUUCAGACAAUGUCAAGACAAUUCGAGCACUUAGUUUGAAGCAUAAAGAGGCCUUCAGGUUCAGGGCAAAACUGAGACUUUUUUUCAUUUUUUUAUAGAGCAAGGCUAGCAGUUUCCCUCUGCUUCCAGUCUUUGUGCUAAGCUAGGCUAAAAACAUCCUGGAACGAUCUCUGGACAAGUUCAACUUUUCUCAAAUGAACUCUGGGUAAUGUUCGGAGAAUCAGGUCCGGACAUUGUCCAAGAUCGUCCUUUCACACAUGGAGCUUCUGGAAAUCUUCCCUUUGGUUCAGACGAGGCGUGGCGCAAAAAAUAUGCCACGGAAAUGGCGGCCACAUUCGUAAUUUAGUCGUAAACAACCGAGUCUCUCGCUACUUCUUGAACUUGUCUGAUGAUUUUUGCGACGAGCCUUAAUGACAGAAGUUCCAACUCUUGUCUUCUGUCCAGUGAGACUGUUUUAUUGGCAUCUUUGGGUAAAUGUCCCUUCUUUACCUUCAGAUGCUUGUGUUCUUCCAGUUCUCUGGACAUUGACGGACAUCUGGCUGGUUUAAUGUCCGGUUCAACUGCUCUAACAUUCGUCCCAUUCUGCUCC